AUUUUUUUCACAGUUCUAAAGGAAAGGUUAAGUAAAAAAACAUUAAUCAAUGACAAUCAUCCUCGCAAUUUGCGCUUUUAGCGUAUUUCUUCCUUUAGUAAGAUGUGAGGACAUUAUUCAGCAAUUUUAGAAUUUCCGGCUCACUUUAUCAGCAAGAAACAGAACAUAAAAAUUUCAUGUCAAAGCGGAAAAUGCAGUCAGUAUUUUUACACAAAUAUUACCAAAUAUUAACUCAAGGUGAAAGUAGUUUUUUCGCAUUUUUUAAGGAGAGAUUGAAUAUACAAACAUUAAUCGAUGGCAAUAAUCUUCGCAAUUUGCGCUUUUAGCGUAUUCCUUUCUUCAGUAAUUUGUGAAAGUGUUGAGAGAGUUGUCACCAGAUCAGGAUUCACUGAGGGUCUUUACUGGGAUCUGGCAACCAUGAAACUCUAUUACGAAGACCCGUAUGGUAAUUCCCUCUGCACGUAUAAUCCAUCGACUCUAAACAAUUAUUGCGCUAAUCUAGGCAAAGACUAUCUCCCGUCAUUUAUUGUUCCUGUUGAAAAACAUCCCGGUCAAUUUGUGGUGGGUGCUAGUAAUAAUAUCAUAUCAAUCAAGUGGGAUGGUGACUCUAACAUUACCUUGGCAAAGAAUCAAAUCAAAGUUUUAGCAUCUGUAGAAAAAAACAUAAAAAAUAACGUAAUAGAAUGUGGAGCAGUCGACUCUUCAGGAAAACUCUGGUUUGGGACGGCCAACCUUAUGUUAGCAGUAAAUAAAUCAAGUGUAUACACUUUGGAUUCAAACUUCAAACUUGAAACACAAAUUACGCCUGUUACAUUUAGCAGUGGAUUAGUUUGGAAUGCAAAAAAUGAUAAAUUAUAUUUUGUCGAUUCUCUGACCAACCAGGUCGCAUCGUACGAUUAUGAUGCAAAGCAAGGAACUGUUGUAAACAGAAAAGUCGUCUUUGACUUGAGACAACAUAAAAUAAGCGGCACUCCUGAACAAUUGGCAAUUGAUGACCUUGGAAACCUCUGGGUGCCUAUUUCUGACAGCUAUCAAGUCAUUCAAAUUAAUCCAGAUUCUCAAUCAUUGCUUCGAACUGUUAAAAUACCUGCAAAAAAGGUUAAGGCAGUCACAUUCGGAGAUGAUUCUCUACAAACUCUGUAUGUAGCAACAGUAGGAUAUGGUUACAAGGAUGCUGCAGAAAAACCUCCAGCAGAUGAUCAAUUCGGUGGUUCAAUUUUUGCUGUUAAAGAUCUUGAUGUCAAGGGUUUGGAGAUAAAAAGAGGAUUCCAAGUAAAUACAAAAUAAUUCAUGAAGUUUCCCAUAAAAUACAAAAAUAUGUAUUUAAAUAUUUUAAAUUCAAUAAUAAAUUCGAUGUUUGAAUUAA